AUGUCUAAUCACCCACCACUAGCUGCUGCGAGCUUAAGUGGUGCAUUCAGUACUCGCACUUCAGCAAACUCGCCCAGUGCGAUGCAGAACAGAUCAGCGGCUAUCAAUAGACCCCUAGCAGGCUCCUCUACCGUGCCUCAAUUUGGGAACAUCCCUGCCCACACAGCAUCUACCGCUGCAGGUCCUCAAUCGUCCACUCAAAUUCCUUUCAGAGGCUUAGACACACCAGAAUGUUUGAUCUGCUAUGAAUCCUUUCUUGAUGGGAAAGAGGCGCCUUUGACGCUACACUGCGGUCACACCGUCGGAUCGCGCUGCAUUGCGAAGUGGCUGAACAAGACCGAAGAUGGUGAUAAGACUAGUCGGACUUGCCCCUCCUGCCGCGGUGAAGCAUACCGUGUGAUCCCGAGACAAAAAGACGAAGCAAUCGAGAAUGCAGCCCUGUACCAAAAGGUCGAGGGUGAGGUCUUUCCGACAUUUGACGCAGCUCUCUCGGCCUUGAUCGCCAGCAAAAUGUUUAACCUCGACAGCACCCAAAUCGCUUCGACGUACAAACUUCUUAACGAACAAUACCUUGACUGCAUCGUCAGUGCAAUCGACAACUAUCUUGAAAAGGCUUCCGAUGAGGCUGACACGGAAACUUCCGCCAUUUCUGGAAAACCUGGUGGCCCUUAUCAUGGAUUCCGAAAUGCCGUGAAGCAACAUAUGCUUAGAAGCUCUUUCACCAGAAGACCCCGCUACGAGGAAGAACUGACCCUAGCGAUCGAGAAAGCCAUUUAUUCAUGCCGUCGGUCAGAAAGCCCCAUAUCAAAGCGAAUCGAGAUGGCAAGAUUUAUCAUCUCCAACCGCGGUCGAUUUGACCCACGUGAGGCUGACGGCAAAGUCGACCUUCGCGAUGCUGCAGGGGCCACCCCUCGACUAAGGCUUGUUCUGUCAAGGGGCUUCUACCAUUAUCCACUCUGGAGGCCAGAUGUCGAGAACCUUAUUGCUGUGGACUCCAUCAUUCCCCAGAAGCUCAGCAAUCCAACAGUUCGACAGGACGUCGACAAUGACCCUUCUCAGCCAUCUUUCGUGAAGCCGUUCGUGAAGCGGACUUUAGAAAGCUGGGGUAUCACCGAUGUUGAGGUAAAAUAA